AUCUUCGAGACGACACAAGUCAAACAGAUUCGAGUAAAUAAAGAUAUCAUGACUAGUACACAUGAUGACAACCUUUCUAUUGAAGAUGGAGACAUUAAGACUUUGGUCUUAUAACAGUACAUCAUCCUCGGGGAAAUACGUGUAUAUGACAAACAUCACUGCACCAAACAAUGGUGAAAUAUUUAUUGUAAAGGCCACUGGUAAAGCUGAAGGAAUAACCUUGCCUUUCACAAAUAUCAAGUUCCAUGUGGUAAAACAGAAUCCACAUAAACUGUUUUCACUGCAAUUUACAAAGAAUGAAAUUUGGCAUACAGUUAGCGCAUCGAAAAAUGGCGUGACAGCAUAUAAAGAUGCUCCAACCUGGUUUCGUGUCUUGGAAUUAUAUUCCCCAAAUCGUCCUUACGUUGUGUUUGAAUCCAGUGAAAAAAAUGAAGAUGGCGACAAGCUGUAUCUGAGUAGCGACGGAUCUGGAGACAUGAAACUCAAAGUCUGGAAUAAAUCUGUUAGAGAACCUCCUAGAACGACCGGAGAAGUAGACCCUGCCCUGCUAUUUCGAGUGAUCGCAGGCCCUUAGGAGUGUAGUAACGUGUCAGUUUAUAAACG